AUGGCGCAACCAGCUACUAGCUCAGCGUCUAAUGGAUCAUCGGUCUCUUCGAAUAUUACUACGGAUAGCAACGACCCCUACACAGCAGCUCGAGCAGCUCUCGAUCGCGAUGGCUUCGUCGUUCUCUCUGCCUCGCUCUUCCCAUCCUUCGACCUGGAGGCACUGCGCGCCGCCGCCACACGCAUGACAGAGGCAGCCCGGUCAGGCAAAUGGCCAUACAUACGGACCCUACCAAAGCAGUUUCCACCAUGGCCGCAUGAUCCAUCGAAUGGCAUAUGGGGUGUGCAACACUUGCUACACCCGUCGAAUCCAGACCACCUCACGUUCGCGAAGUCAUACUUUGACACGGAGCUCCUGAAAUACGUUGCAGCGUUGAUCGGUUGUAAUAAGUCACAAUUGACAAUGGAAUUAUACAACAUGCUUGUACGUCCAGACAAGGAGUUCAGCUUAAGAUGGCACAGGGACGAUGUUGCGGCUACGGCGACAGCACAAGAGGAGUUGGAGCGAUUACAAAAGCCAGGACACCAUGCGCAGUGGAACCUGGCGCUAUACGAUGAUAGCAGUCUCGUCCUCGUCCCUGGCUCGCAUAAACGUGCACGAACGGAAACCGAGCGAAAUGCGGAUCCAUACGAAGCGAAUAUGCCUGAUCAGAUUACUGUUCAGCUGAAAGCUGGAGAGGUGGCGUUCUACAAUAACAACAUCUUACACCGUGGAGUUUAUGAUAGUACCAAGGAGAGGAUGACACUGCAUGGCAGUAUAGGAACGACGAUAGCGGGUAGUGAGAGAGCGAGGAAUGUGCUGCAGCAUGGUGUGGGAGAGUGGGCGAAGGAGUACGAUUUUGGAGAUUUCGACCCCGAGAUGGCACAACAGGCGAGGACGAUGCGGGAGAAGCUUGUAGAGAUGGGGGAAAAGAGUGGAGAUGUGGGAUUCUUCUCGAAGGAUGAAUGA